AUGAGGACGUUGGCAAUGCUGCUGCUGGCCGUGGCCGCUGGAACCUCACUUGCACAGCACGGUUCUCACUCCACCUGCGUGUUGGUGCCCGAUGCCCAGAAUGGCUUCCACGAGGUGUCGGGAACAAUCGACUUCCUGCAGAAGACUGAAACGGAUCCUGUUCACGUGACUGGAAUAGUGUACGGCCUGACGGAGGGCAAGCACGGCUUCCACAUCCACACCGAGGGCGUGACGGGCGCCGACUGCUCCUCGACGGGCGGGCACUUCAACCCCGACGGCUUCACCCACGGCGCCCCGACGUCCGACUUCCGACACGUGGGCGACCUGGGAAACGUCGACGCCCUCGCCAACGGAACGGCCUUUGUGGAUAUCAUGGACACAAUAAUCAGCCUGUACGACGUGGAGCGCAACAUAACAGGUCGUGCUUUGGUCGUCCACGCUCUAGAAGACGACCUCGGGCUUGGUGGCGACGAAGGAUCUCUUGCGACUGGUAAUGCUGGCGCUAGAGUGGCUUGCUGUACCAUCAGUCAAAGAGGGUUUUAAAAAAAAAGGACUGUGAUUUUGGUUAAGUUCCCCCUCCUCCUCUUCUUAGUUCGUUUUCUCUCCCUUUCUCUUUUCUUUCUCUCUUUUCCUUUCUGUCUUUUUUCACUUUCUCUCUUUUUCUUUCUCUCUCUCUCUCUCUCUCUCUCU